AUGUCUAACCUUCGAAAUCUACUAGUCAUCGAAGUAGGAGGAGUUCCCGUUCGGGUUGCACCAAACGGAGAUAGUCCUGAAGCAAUCGCAUCUUUUAAAGGUCUCAUACGAAGAUUGAAAACGACUUCACUUGUUUCUCAGACUCCUCAAGCAAUAAGUGAGCCAUCUCGACAAGUUCGGGUACUACUAUCGGUCGACUUUGAUGCAGUCUCCGGAUGGUUAGGUACAGGGCAGCACCCACGUAACUGCUUGGCAGACUAUUCCUCAGGCUUCUUCGCAGGCCAUGUUGGAGUGAGCCGUCUGAUCCGUCUGUUCAAACGAUUGGAUGUUGCCGACAAGAUGACUUGGUUCAUUCCGGGCCAUUCAAUGGAGACAUUCCCCGUGGAAACCCAGUUGAUCCACGAUUCGGGAGCAGAGGUCGCGUUACACGGCUAUUGUCACGAAGACUGUACGAGACUUAGCACACAGCAAGAGAAGGACAUCUUCGAGAAGUGCAUCAAACUUGCUCAAUCUCUCACUGGGAAGAAGCCUGUUGGAUACCGAGCGCCCCUCUAUCGAUAUCUACCGAACGUGGAAAAUUCGCAUGGAUACGUGCCGUCUCAGUCGAUUGAGCGGAUGUGGCAAGACAGAUUCGCUUGGCUUUGGAAUCAUGGACCGGACGGCGAAGGUCCUGCGGAUUUCGUGUUUCCGUUAAUCUUGCAUCCUGAUACAUCUGGAAUGGCACACAUUAUUGGGACUAUUGAGAGCAUGAUUCUGUGGAUGAAAGGUCAUGGAACGCAAGUCGAGUUCGUCACCUAUGAGACGGUAGCGAGAUCGUAUUUGAGUCAAAAGAGGCAUGCGUGA